AUGGUUACUAUGUGGACCACACCUUUGGAAUGGCGAAUGUGUAUCGCGAUCAGUUCAAUUAUCUCUCAGACCCCCGUGGCUAUCAUCAUGCUGUUGCAGACCGUUGGAAUAGGACCAGAUACAGUGGGAAAGGAUGGAUCGAGAGACUCAACUACAUGCCCCCAUAAUGAUCGGCAAACCUUGAGACAUCUUAGCAUGACAAGACCCCUACUAGGAAACUCCAUAUCGCCCAAUCGGCGACGAGCGCUCUUUGAGACAACUAAACGAGUACUUGCCAGUGCGAUAAACGAUGGGAUAGCCUGCGCAACCCUUGAGUCAUGUAACAGCACCAGUCUGUUGUUGUGCUUACGCAGUCCCGGAGGAGCCAUAGCCAGUGAUGAAGACGCUUGGAUCAUGUGCGGUAUGCGAGCUGACGCAUAUACCGAAACAGAUGGUGGCAGGGUUCUUGGGUUUGUGCGGGCGGACGAUCUCCUGGAGCCUGUGCUAAGCCGGAACCUCAACGGCGAGGUAUCAGAGGAGCUUGACCCUGGUGUGAUUUGUCGCGUUAUCUGCCGCUGGCGUUCUCGCCAAGAUGAAGAACACGCGGUAGAGACGCUUGUAAAGGAGGUACGGAAUUCAGCAAACAAUCAAGAGAAAUGGUUGGAUAUGGCUAGUACUCUGCCAAUCCUACAUCUUAAGUCUUCACUAUGUGAUUGGGAGCAAUCAGUCGUAUCUGGACAUCCUACACAUCCGUUACACCGAGCCUGCCUUGCCCAGUCACCCCUAGAUCCCAUCAUGCCCGAUGAUAUCCCUUAUCUACUAGAACCCGAACUAUCAUUCCUCUGCGUUCCGAAGUCAGACAUGAAAGUCUUUGGACCAUUCCAGUCACUUCUGGACCCACUCUUAGCAUCUCUUGGGAUUCCCAAGCCUGAUGAUACAAUCAAUGAGAUCGUCAUACCGUGUUUCAGUCGCCAACUCCCAGCUAUCACGCCACUAUUCCCGAAAGCACGCAUUCUGAGGGCUGUCCAAAACCGUUGCCGAGCACAACUCUCCAUGCGGACUGUCUCUAUGAUGCCAGACGCGGGCGGCUCCCCGUUGCAUCUGAAGCUAUCGCUGAAUUGCCAAAUCACAUCUCGUCUCAGGACCAUUUCCCCUUAUGCUGCAGCUUAA